GUGCGUACAGCGGACGGUGACCGAGAGAGGGAACGUUUCCUCCCGUCCCCGCCCGCGCCGCUCAGGAUGCCGCUGGCUGCGGCUGGGCCCGCGCACCUGGUGCGCUGCGGGCAGAAGGAUGAGCUGUACCGGAGCGGCUUGCGGAGCGGGGCUGGGGCAGCGCUGCAGGGACUGGCGGGUACUAAGAAAUGGUUGGAGUGGAGGAAAGAGAUUGAACUUCUUUCUGAUGUAGCAUACUUCAGCCUCACCACUUUGUCUGGUUAUCAAACUCUUGGUGAAGAAUAUGUUAAUAUUAUCCAAGUUGAUUCUUCCAAGAAGAGAAUUCCUUCUCUGCUUCGACGAGCCAUUUUGAUUUCUCUUCAUACUGUUUUGCCUUAUUUGUUGGACAAAGGAUUAAUCCAUCUGGAACAUGAGUUGCAGACAGAAACUAGUGGAUUUAGAACCUUGCAGAGCAGUGGUCUAUGCGGCAGGACUUUGGUACGAAGCUGGGUGCAGAAUCAAGUUGGCAGGCUGACAGAACAGCAGAAGAAAACCCUUUUACAAACUGUGUAUGUUCUCAAGCAGUGCAUCCCCCUGCUCCGUAGGCUGCAUCUGGCAGUGUUUUAUAUAAAUGGCCUCUUCUAUCACAUUUCUAAAAGGAUCACUGGAAUAUCUUAUCUUCGUGUUCCAGGAUUGCCUGGAGACGACCAAAGCAUUCGAUCAAGUUACAAGCUUCUUGGGAUAGUUUCACUGCUGCAUCUCGUACUAACAGUCAGUGUUCAGAUAUACAGCUUCCAGCAAAGGCAGAGGGCAAGGCAGGAGUGGAAACUACACCGCAACCUCUCAUAUCCAAAAAAUCAGACUGAGGAAAAAUCUGUUGUAUGCAGUUCCCGAUGCACAUUGUGCUUGGAAAAACGUAGGCAUGCAACAGCCACUCCCUGUGGCCAUCUGUUCUGUUGGGAAUGCAUCACAGAAUGGUGUAACACCAAAGCAGAGUGUCCAUUAUGCAGAGAGAAAUUUCAUCCUCAGAAACUGAUCUAUCUGCGGCAUUAUCGAUAACUGUAUCAAGCCACUGCUGUUGUCCCUGACAAGAUCCUAAGCUGCUUUAUCUUUAUCAGUCAGCAAAGCCAUAAUACAGUUUGGCUUAAUCCACAAGCAAAACUUUAUUUUGAGCCUAAAUCUUUUUAUAAAACUUAACUGUUUUGUACAAGCAGUAAAAGGUGAUGCGUCUCAUUCCUGUUACAAAAUAAACUUGAUGUACUUUGGUCUA